AUACUAGUGGUCAAGCACGAUUCUGUCAAAGAAUCAAUUGUUCACAUGCUUUUUGCUACAAGCGUGAAGUCUCUGCGAGUUUUCUCGAACCAACCUGCGCCUACGCUAUCAUACCUCACAAGGCCUUGCAAAGUACCAUCGCCUUUCAGGCCAAACCGCGUGGCGUCAGUGACGAAUCGUAAGAUCAUUACGGAAGCAAGGCUUUCGGAAAUGCCCCUCAAGUUGCAUUAUUUUGGUCUGCCGGGCCGAGCUGAGACCUCCCGUAUCUGCCUUACUAUCGGGAAAGUUCCUUACGAGGAUGUCAUCUACGAGUUCAAAACGUGGCAAGAGCACAAAGCCAAGAUGCCCUUCGGUCAGGUCCCAGUUCUCGAGCUGGAGGAUGGGAAAAUGCUGGCCCAAAGCGGAGCCAUUGAGCGCUACGUCGCCAAGCUAGCCGGGCUCUACCCCGACGAUCCGCUGCAGGCGGCACUGGCGGACCAGGCAGCGUUUCAGAUGUCUGACAUUUUGGAGCUCUUCACACCAACGUUCCAGAUGUCCCCAGAAGAGAAGGUGAAGGCUCGGCAGGAGAUUCUGGCCACCAAGGGGAAGGAGAAGAUGUUGUACCUGUCCAAGCUCCUGGAAACGUCGGGCGAGUACGUGGCGGGUGACAAGUUGUCGUAUGGUGACAUCGUGAUCUUCGCGACACUGUCCAACCUUGUCAGCGGCUUCAUGGACGGUGUUCCCAAGGACUUGCUGGACGAGUACCCCGUGCUGAAGGCCUUCCGUAACAAGAUCGCCUCCAUUCCGGCCGUUAAGGAGCACUAUGAGAAGCAUGGAGAGGGUUACCGAGCUGCAUUCAAGCCGGACGCAGCUUAGCGAACUGGACUUUUGCCGAUUGGGAAAAGUUAGGAAGGAAAGGCGCCUGGAUGCUUUACCCGUUGGACAAUAGACAAUGUCCCGGACAAGGCGAUGUUUGGGAUCACUAUGUAUGCAUAACCAGAUUUGACUUCCUAGUUGAGUGGCAAACAAGUGGGGUGGCGUUGAAAGUCUCGUAGCAAAAUCCUACUGUCAGUCCUAUCAUAAGCCAAACUGUGGCCAUGCAGGCCCUAGCUAUUGACCAGUGAAGCAUAAAGGAUAUAGUCACUCUUUGCACACCAGCCUUUUGUCAGCCGCCAGUUGUACGGCGGUGUGUGUCGCUAAGUGUGUGCAUGAUACAAUCUGUGUGUGCCUAAUGCAACGAUGUAACGGUGACGUGUGU